CAGUUCAGUAUUGUUUUACCCGUUAGUAUCAUGCCACAGAAGAUUAUUGUUGUGACGGGAUUUGGUCCAUUUGUCGGUCACGAGGAGCGUAACGCUAGCUGGGAAGCGGUUAACCUUUUACCAGAUGUGUUCCCGUUUCGGAAAGAAACGUACGAGCUGCGGAAGCAUAAAGUACCCGUGACGUACGCGGAGGUGGAUCGUAUCGUCCCACUCAUCUGGAACCAACAGCCAGAUCUGGUAGUGCACGUAGGCGUACACGGCCAAAUUCAUACAAUCAAUCUGGAACAUUGUUCCUACACAUCCGGAUAUUGUAAGCCAGAUUUCGCGAAAUGUUAUUUGCCUUGCGAUAAGAUAACGCUUAGUGGAAAGCAUGCUGCAGCAGAGGGAUGUACGAUGCUGAAAACGAAUCUUAACAUUGACCGAAUCGCGAAAGAAUUAAAUCUGGAAACGAAUGUACAAUGCUGUUGCUCAACAGAAGUUGGAAAUUACUUAUGUGGAUACAUAUAUCUCAAAUCGCUAGAUGUAAAUCCCGACCGAGCGCUAUUUAUACAUGUGCCGAAGGUAAACGAACCGUACAGUUCGGAGCAAACGAUGGCGACAAUCUACAAUGUGAUUGGGAAAUGCUUGGAACAGCUUUCAGCUGAACAAAAACUGUCCUGA